AUGGCAGACAUCCAGCGGCAAGCUGUCCUUCUACAAACCUACAGUAUAAGCACUAACGCUUCCAGAAACGCUCCUCACGCCUUUCGGACUCGAAACCCCAACCAGCCUUGCUUUCACUUUAAGCAGGGGACUUGCAAGUUCGGUAAUCGCUGCAAGUUCCUACACGACGCUUCUACCCCGCUACGAACAUCGCAGCUGAACUCGGCCCACCCUCCUGGCGCUGCUCCCGAUGGGAAACUACGUCAAUGGAAGAGAAUCCUGAACCUGGGGGACUUAGGCUGGAACUCAUCGGAGUUGACAACUGCUGUUGUCAGCCGAUUCUUCCAGCUAGGCCUCGAGAUGAUGGACGGUGACAUCGGCGCUGUGCAGGAUGUCAUAAAGCUUCUUGCCAAAGACGCUGGGUUGGCAUUCAUCCGGAACCUGGCUGAUGUCCACAUUCCACGGGCUGACAAUUCGGGAAAAGCCACUCUAUGGGAGACUGAGGUCAAACCUCUAUUCACCCUCAUCACGCACCCUCGCGUGGUGGACUCGACUGUAUUGGAGCAGCAAGUCGCGGACGUGUUCAACUGCAUACUGGGAGUUGGAGGCCAACGCAUGGUCAGAACCUUCAACUUCAUCAUUGGACUUGUCACUGGACCCUUAAGUCCUACGCAGAAUGAUUCCCAGAUGGAGGUACUAGCGCUUUCUCUCAGCGUGCUGUCCAAAGUCAUCGACUGCAACACCAGAAACAUUGUCAAUUCGGAAUGCGACAGGCUUGUCGAGCUCUUUGCUCAGAUCGUAGAGAGUAACCACGGUCAGAAAGACGAGUUCUCUCAUUUACAAGCCUCCAAGUAUAUCGACUACAUGCAACAACGAUUAGGUACCGGCAAGGAUAUUCCAGUCUUGGAUCCUAGUCGUCGUGUCUUACUCACAAGGGAAGACUUUGUGCUCCGACAUGAUUUGCCAGGCACACUGUCUGCUGAUGGACCUCGCCACAACAAUGAUCAUGUCGACAUCACCAAGAUCAAAAUCAUGCCUACCUACGAUGAGAUCAAUUCCCCUCGUGCGGAAUAUCUUCCUACCAACAACCCCUCCAGUUGGCAUGUCAAGGGGAUUCGUGGUCGCCUCGAUCGAGAGUUCCGCCUCAUCAGAGAGGACACUGUCGGUCAGCUCCGAGAUGCUGUGCGCGACGUACUAGAAAUUGCCCGAGACCCUAAACACACCAAAGGUCGGCAGUCCAACACUCUCAGAACGUAUACCUACGAGAACCCUCUGACUAUCGACGUCAAUCUCCACCGUGUUGGGGGGUUGGAGAUGUCCAUUUGUUGCCACCAGCUUCCAGUCGUCAGAAAGCUGAAUGCUAAGAAACGAAAAGAUUGGUGGGCACAGUCCAAGCGAUUACAAGCGGGAGCGCUCGUAUGUCUGUUCGAUGUCGCCGGUUCGAUGCUGUUCUGUGUUGUAUCCGACACCACGAUGAGGUCUAAAGACGAUAAAGAUGCUCGAAAAAUUGACAACGACAAUGACCAAGGUCAUGCUCCUCAUGAUCAAGUGAGAAAUCUUUCAAGCGAUGCAGACUUUCUUUUUGUCAAUCUCAAGCUUGUGGACCCGACAACAAGCGACAUAAAUCUAGCCCUGAAAUGGUAUCAGGAUAUCAAGUCUCACCCACCGAGGUAUCUGGUUGAGUUUCCUGGAGUUUUGCUCGACUCGUUUAAGCACAGUCUAUCAGCUCUUCAGAAGAUGCAUGACAAGCCCAACAUCCCUUUCGCAAACCUGUUAGCGCCUAAAGAUGAUACGCCAUCUGACGCUGACAUUGGAUUACCGCAGUAUGCACGAAAGACCGGUUUUACUUUCGAUCUGAGCUGCCUUACCAAUGACAAAACUCCUCUCAGAAUUGACCCACGGUCACCAAUAACCCCACAGGCGCUCUCACUCAAGUCCAGCCUCGACCCGACACAGUCUGCUGCGCUGUUGAACACUCUGACCACGGGAUUAUCUCUCAUACAGGGACCUCCAGGCACAGGCAAGAGUUUCACUGGCGAGAAGAUCAUCAAAGUUCUUCUGAAGAGUAAACAGACCGCAAAGCUUGGCCCGAUUCUAUGUGUCUGCUACACUAAUCACGCUUUGGAUCAGCUCCUUGAGCACCUCCUUGAUGACGGAACUAAAAGAAUUAUUCGAAUUGGAUCUCGGUCCAAAUCGGAACGGCUCCAGAAUCUAAACUUGCGCGCCAUCGCCAGAGGAAUGCCCCUCACCAAGUCGGAGAAGAGCAGUCUCUGGGAGGCAGAAAAGGAUAUUCGCGAACAUGUCGAGGAUGGAAAAGAAUUGCUCAAACAACUUGCUGACUGCCAGUCUUGGAAGGCAAUCAAGUUCCUGUUGGCUUCAGAGUAUCCUAGACAGCAUGCUGAAUUAUUUGGAGAGGAUCAGGACGGGUGGCAGACGGUCAUUCACCAGUCAGAGAUGGUCAUUGAUCGAUGGCUUCAAAGCGGUUUACAUAUUGCAACAAACCCCAGACCAAUUGAACACCUGAAGCGCGCUCAAUUAAACAGCUUGAACAACCAUGAACGGAUUCUACUCCAUCGUUAUUGGAUCAAAGCAAUCAGAGAUCCGAUCAUAGCCAAACUCGCCAGGCUCAAUCAAGAUUACAACGACUCUGUCAGACACAGAGACGAAAUCCGUGGCGACGUCGAUAUGCGCUGUCUGAACGAUGCAGAUAUUGUCGGUGUCACAACGACUGGUCUAGCCAGGAACCUGAGCCUCCUUCGAAAAAUGCGAUGCAAGGUCAUGCUCUGCGAAGAAGCCGGUGAGGUUCUCGAGGGACAUAUUCUCACUGCACUCUUACCUUCCAUUGAGCAUGCCAUCCUUAUCGGUGAUCAUCUGCAGCUUCGCCCUCAGAUACAGAAUUACGAUCUGCAGAGUACAAACCCUCGCGGUAAACAAUACUCGCUCGACGUGUCUUUAUUCGAGAGACUGGUUCAGCCUCCCCAUGACACCGACUUGCGGAUUCCCUACAGUAUGCUCGAGACUCAGAGACGAAUGCACCCCUCAAUUGCCGAGUUAGUUCGCUCAACCUUGUAUCCAUCGCUCAAUGAUGCAGACGCUGUAGCUGAGUACCCUCAAGUCAUGGGUAUGAAGCGUCGUCUAUUUUGGUUUCACCACGAUCAGCCUGAAAAUGCGGACGAGACCAACAGCUCCCAGAGCACGUCCCGAUCCAAUAGCUUCGAAGUUGACAUGACCGCUGCUUUGGUCUCCCACCUCUCUCAGCAAGGCGCGUACAAACCAGGUGACAUCGCGGUUCUCACGCCGUAUCUUGGACAGCUACAGCUUUUGCGCCGUAGGAUGGAAUCCAUGUUUGAGAUUCACAUCAAUGAUCGGGAUUUAGAUGAACUCGAUGCCGCUCAGGACGAGGGCAGUGGCACUGGCAGACCACGGGGUGUUCCUCUCAGUAAAACAACUCUCCUCAAGAGCGUCAGAGUUGCGACUGUCGAUAACUUCCAGGGAGAGGAAGCUAAAGUUGUGGUCAUAUCCUUGGUCCGCAGUAAUGCCCAAGGAGACUGCGGCUUCCUCAAAACAUCGAAUCGCAUUAAUGUUCUGCUAUCGCGCGCUAAGCAUGGAAUGUACAUUAUAGGAAACAGUAGCUCGUACAAGAAGGUUCCAAUGUGGGCAGGUGUCAUGAAGAUAUUGGCUUCCGAGAAGAACCUGGGCACAAAGCUCGAGUUGCAUUCUCUCCAGAAAGUGGAUGUACGCUUGCAUGCGACAAGAGAUUGGCCUGUGGGCAUCCUUGCACUGGGAGAUGCCACUCAGAUACUUUGCAUCAUGCUGUCAAGUGCCUUGCACCCUGUCUACGUCCCAAAAAAGGAUGCAGCCACGCUUGUCCUCUUCGCUGCGGAGACCCUUGUCACAAUAAAUGCCUUGUCAAACUGGAGAAUGCCAUUUUGCUCCCUUGCGGGCAUCGACUAUCUUCGCCGCGAUGUUGGGAAGCCCAAGAUCCAGCGGCUGUCCGUUGUAUGGAAAUGGUCACGAAGGAUGUGCCAGGCUGUGAGCAUAAAGUGCGCGUCAAUUGUCACCAAGACGUCACUACUUCCGAUUACAAAUGUACUUCUGCCUGCGGAAAUCAUCGCACCUGUGGACAUAGCUGUACCAGCAGCUGCUUUCGCUGCAACACCCGUAAAGACGGAAAGAUCACGGAACAAAACCACGGCAUAUGCAACCAGCGCUGCGGCCGAAAAUAUUCGACUUGUCAACACAACUGCUCUCAGAGCUGUCACGGCGAUGCACCUUGUCAGCCAUGCAAGGAACGAUGCGAAGUACGGUGCAGCCACUCGAGGUGUAGCAAGGCUUGUAGCGAGCCUUGUGAUCCUUGUGCGCAGGCAACCUUUCUGCCAAGUUUGUGCAACAGAUGAGGUGAAAUCUGUCUGUGUUGACUUUCUCGAGAUGAAAGAGUAUCAAGAGAUAGAUCUCGAUCAAGAACCCUGCAUCUUCCCAGACUGUGGCCACUUCCUCACUGUCUCAUCCAUGGAUGGACAAAUGGAUAUGGCAGCACACUACAAGCUCGACACUAAUGGUAUCCCUGAGCUGAUACUACGAAGUUCAGAGCCGUUCGCUAUGGAAAAUAAGGGCGUCAAAAACUGUCCGACGUGUCGUGGACCUCUCCGUAGCAUUUCAAGAUACGGUCGCAUUGUGCGCCGGGCUAUGCUUGACGAGGCUACGAAGAAGUUCAUUUCCUGGUCUAAUGCCAAGUAUCAUUUACUUGCCGCAAAGCUUAUCACCGAGCAGGAACACCUUGCCGCUAUGCAGCCGACAGCUAUCCGGGAUCCAAAGUCUGGAGCAGUCGGAAACUUGACAAUGGGAGGUUCGCGACAGAGGCAGCUACAAUGCUUGAGAGAAUACACCGAGAAGAGAUACGAUUCCAUGCUCAACAUGCGGAAGGACGUCGCGUCGUACACCAGCAAAGUCCAAAAGGAAGAACAGCCAUUCCAGCGUGUUGCAGACCUGGUUAGGCACACCAACCUCCACCAUGGCGGGCAAAGCGAAUUUCACUACCAUGAAUCUGUUAUCCAAGCGAAAGGAUCGCUUCUCGCUUCUACUUUACUGUUGAAGUGCGAUGUGCUAAUCCUCUCUGAUUUCUUUCGACUUUUGCUUGACCAGAAGUCAUAUCUCACUAAGCUGAAUGUCAAGCUCGAUUUAUCACCCUUCAUGCGCGAUUGCGACACCUUAAUCCAAGGGGCAAAAAAAGCGGUAUACCCACGCGAAGAGGCUCAGGGUCAUAUCUUUUUUGCUCAAUUGUGUGCUUUCUCCCGUUCGCUCGCCUCUACACCACCUAACCCCGCGAUACCUGGAGCUGAAACACCAUCGCCAACCCCGGCAUCCGACCCUGGUGCACUAGAAAAACUACGAGAUGAAGGCCUUGAUCACGUUCAGCAGGCGAGAAGAAUCGUGAAGGAGAACCAGUCCGCCAAAGCUCUCGAGAAUGAUAUCGAUGUUGCCGAGGAAGCUUUGAACGGAGGGGUAUACCGUCCCGUCACAGCCGAGGAGCUUAGACAAGUCUACGCGGCAUCGAUGGGAGAGUUAUCCGGCACAGGACACUGGUACACCUGCGCCAAUGGUCACCCAUUUACUAUCAACAACUGCGGCAUGGCGAUGGAGGUGGCAUUGUGUCCAGAGUGUGGUGCUCGUAUUGGUGGGAGGAAUCAUGUAUCGGUUGAAGGGGUAAGGCACGCGGUCGAAAUUGAGGAGAUGGCGAGGGAGUUCGGAGGUGUUCGAUUGUGA